GCAGUCUCUCCAACAGAGCGGUGGUUGGCAGGUGUUGGGGCACAAGAAGAAGCAGGAAGUGACGGCUCGGUCUUGUUUUCAUUAGCUGCGGCACGCAGCCUCUCAGCUGCGAAAAUGCGCAUCGAAAAGUGCUAUUUCUGCUCCGGUCCGGUCUAUCCCGGGCAUGGGGUGAUGUUUGUACGGAAUGACUGUAAGUCGUUCAGAUUCUGCCGGUCAAAAUGUCAUAGGAACUUCAAGAAGAAGCGAAACCCCAGAAAAACCAGAUGGACCAAAGCGUUCAGAAAGGCAUCAGGGAAGGAGCUGACAGUGGACAACUCUUUGGAGUUUGAGAAACGCAGAAACAUCCCCAUAAAAUAUAACAGGAAGCUGUGGGACAAGACAGUGGAGGCAAUGAAAAGGGUUGAGGAAAUCAAACAGAAACGGCAGGCAAGAUAUAUCAUGAACAGAUUAAAGAAAAGCAAAGAGUUGGAGAAAGAGCAAGAUAUCAACGAAGUCAAGAAGAAUAUCCAUCUUAUCAAAGCACCACAUGCAGGAAAAGCCAAACAGAUGGAAGACAAAAUGGUGCAGCGGUUACAAGAAGACGUGGAAAUGGGGGAAGAUGAUUAAUCUCAAUCCCAAAAGAUUAGUUAUUUUUGCUUCUUUUUUUGUGUGGUGAAACUUAAGGUGAAGUUGGCCGUGUAUUAUAUGUUGGUUUUAUGUUUGGUGAAAAUGUUCAAAUAACAGAAAAAAACAGAGUUAAAAGACUGCGCCUGCUGCCCUAAUAAAGCCUUCCUUCUUAAUCAAAGGUUUUUACUGAAGUGUCUGGUUGUGUGGCUGGGUUGAAAAGAAUUCACUCUAUCUUCUUGUGUGAUGAAAUGAAUUGGAAUGAAAACAAAUUAAAAGGUUAUUAGUAAUAAAGUUGCAAUUUCUCUGAAAAAGUUU